AUGCUUCGGGACCUCCAAGCGAGCGGCCGCCAGGAAGGACUCACCGAGGCGCAGGGGCUGGAGGUGGUGCUGGGGGAAAAUGGAAAAGAAGACAAAGAAAGGAAACCGGACUCAAGUGAAAUUAAAGAGCUUCAUGAGAGUUCACAGAGUGUACCAGACGUUCCUAUAAUAGAGACCAGCAACAAUGUGGUGGAAGAAGCAACGGAUGAAAUCAAAUCCCAAGAAUUAGACCUGGAGCGGCAGCCAAAAAUCUCAACUGAUUCCGAAAAGGACUCUAACAUUAAAGUUCCAGCAAAUAUGUCAGUUAGAAAACCAGCAAAAGUGAUUCUUGCUUUAGAUGAAGCUGAACUGACAUCAAAACUAGAACAACCAUGGAAGAAAAAUCUGUUUGAAAGAGUGGAGGCAAGAGCCCAAGCUAUGCAGCAGAAAAUAAUAAAUAAAGAGAAUCUGAAGAAGGAACUAGAAAAAAAGGCUGAAAAAAAACUCCCUAAGGAUAAUUUGGCCGAAGAGUGGUUUAGUACUGAAAGCAUGACACUGAAUACUCGUGCCUAUUUGCUUGACAAACUUCUACCCACUUUAGUUCCUGGAGUAGAAAAAGUGUUAAUGCAAGUGGAAAAGAAGAAGCUUUUGACAGAUGUUGAUAUUCCAACUAAGUUUGAUCCAGUUAAUCAUUUGGGGGAAUAUUUAAUGAGAAAUAAUCCUUAUUAUAUCAAAGACACAGGAAUGUCUGGUUACCAGAGGGUGAUGAGAGAUGUCACAGAAGACCUGAAGAUAUAUGUUCCUGACACUAUCUACAACAGAGUAUCCAAGAUGAAGGAGAGCAUAAAACAGGAUAGAGAACAAAGAGAAUGCAUAAACAAAAUCAAAGUCAAAGUGACCAACACACGGAAACAAGCUCUGAGGGAGCAAUUCGAUGAAUGGAUUCUAGACUCCAAAGGAAUGAUUCCUAUGGUAGUGAUUCAGAAUGUUCUUCAUGAUUUUUUUCAAAACCCAGACUUUGAGCUUGAAUCACAUUGCAAAGAGUUGGCUAUUACUGACUCAACAGAACCAAGACUGGACAAAACGGAAUUUACAGAAUACAUCUCUUCACAUAUUGCAGACCUUAAAAGUGAAAUAUUUGAGGAACUCCUUAAACACCUGUGUCACUGUGCUGAUGAAUUCCGGGAGGUCAUAAAAACUGACAUGCAAAGACAGAUGUUUGCUGAACUCUUCCUGCAUUGUGACUGUGGGAAGGUUGGGUUUUUGGAUCGGCAGAGAACAUUGGCCUUGCUGGAAACAUUCUAUGACCAAAGUUCACAAAUACUUAGAAGUUUACUCCGAAACCCCAGACAAUGGCCAUUCAUUGAAUUUGAAGAGACAGACUUACCUGAGUUCUGGGGAGACAUGGAUAAUCAGAAACACAUAUAUGAAAACUUUGACAAGAUACUCUCAGAGAUGAACACAUUACUUUCUGAAAAACAUGCUAGCAAAACCCAAAGUAAAUUAUUAGAAAAUCCAGGAGAUCAAUUUAAACAUGAUGAACAGAGAAAAUCAACCCCACCAGAAGAGCAGAAAGGGAAAACUGAAGAGCAAGAACAAGGCGGAGAACCAACUGCAGAACAAGAAAUGUACAGAGAACCAGUAAUAGAACAAGAAACCCACUCCAGGUCAACUCCAGAACAAGGGCCAAGUAGAAAGCUAAUCACAGAACAAGAAGCACACAUAGGGUCAACCACAGAACAAGGACAGCUCAAAGGCUCAACAGCAGGACAAGGACUACACAGAGUGUCAACUUCAGAACAAGGACCACGCAGAGAGUCAACUACAGAACAAAGGUCACACAGAGAGUCAAUUGCAGAACAAGACUCACACAAAGGGUCAACAGUAGGACAAGAAUCACACAAAAUGUCAACUUUAGAACAUGGAUCACAUGGAGAGUCAGUAACAGAAGAACCAUACCAAGAGUCAGAACAAAGAUCUCAUGAGGAGACAAUUUUAGAAGAACAAGAAGACAUAGACAUAGACUCAACUUCACAUUCAAGAAAAAAUGGUAUCUUAAAAAAUACAAAAUCUAGAAAGUCUAUACCCUCUGAGUACACUGAAAUCCCUCUACAGGAAGAGAAGUCUUGGAGGCAAACGUAUGAAGAGGAACUAUCUAUGCGUUCUAUACUGCAAGAAGAAGUUCCAAAAUCAAGUAGAAAAGAUUACCUUUCAGAAACAGCAAAAAAGGAAGUUCAGAAAAACAAAUCCUAUGAACCCAAGUCCCCCAAAAUAGAAGGAAAGUUAUGGUCAGGUGAAUUUUUGACUUGUAACUGGAAAAUGAAGUAUGUCAAAUCUGAAGAUGAGGAACAGACAGACUUAAUCUAUGGUAACCCCAGAUUUACAGAUCUACACUCAACUAUCAGAAAUAUUCAGUCUAACAAGAAAGUAAAAGGUAGAACUUCUUUCAAUGGAGUUUCCUUCAAUCUGCUCCAGUUUGUGCAACUCCUGGAGACGUUUGUUGGUGAAGAUGCUCCCUUGAGUGUCAGUGAGAGCCUCACCUCAUUUUUUAGGAGGGGCUAUGUUGAAACAAAAGAAGAAAAAAUGAAUGCCUUAGAACAGGUUAGACAUAAUGCUUUCCAAGUCCAACGGGAGCUUCUCCUAGAGGCCCUCUUUCAGAAGUGGGACAGUGAUUGCUCAGGCUUCCUAGAUCUGAAUGAAGUUGAUGAACUGUUGUACACGUACAAGGAUGGAAUGGAAAAAGAAUCUAUGAAGAAAGCUAAACUACACAUCCAAUUUCCGAAGCCACAUCCUGGUCGUGAAGUGAAGUUGUCUUCAAAACAAUUUCAGAAUUACAUAGAAUUAGUUGUAUCUGAACUCAGAGGCAAUGAAGAUGAAGUUCUGGAAAGCAUUGUGGAAUUUCUGGUGAAUGCUUUAGAUAGGAGCCAUAUUGAGAAUCUAAGGAAUUGUGCCAGACGGAAGUGGCUGCGCCAAAUUCAACAUGCUGCAGAAACAAGUGGGGUGUCCCUGGAACCAGUGUAUACUGAGACCUUUAAGGCCCUCACUCAGGAUGCUGAAGCCCAUGGAAAUAAGAAGAUCAGUGCUCACAUUUCCCUCUUAGAAGAAAACCAACUACUGCCUGAUAGAGGGAACAUUCUGUUGAGAAAUGUGGCUUGUACCUUAGAUGAUGCUCCGUUUGUCCUGAACAAAGUGCUCUACAGGGACAUGAAGGGAAUCAGUUUUACAGUAGUGGAUGAAGGGAAGCCAAUCCACGUACCCCAGGUUCAGCACCAUGGAAACAUCUUCUUCUGGAACCAAUCUCGUGAUAAGGAUGAUUAUAAUGGGUCAUUCCUGGCUCUGCCUCUUCAAGAUGCACAUAUGAGGAUAUUUGGGGUUCUGGCUGUGGACACCCUUAGAGACCCCCAUGAAAUAAAUAUCUUCCUACCUCAUGAGAUCAGAUUCUAUCAGGGCGUUGCCAAUGUCUUUAGCACUGCCUAUCACUACGUUCACAGCCGGGAGCACAUUCUGCAUAUUGUGAUCACUGGCAUCGGCUGGCUCUACAACAUCACAUCUGGCAUCACCUCCAUCACUACUUACUUUGUAGAACCUAGCCCAGAUAAGAAUUCAGACUAUGUUUUACGCAAUAUGAUGGUUACAGGGCAGCUGGGUCUAACAGAAAUCCACACAUCUCCCCCUACCAUCUUCAGGAAGUCAUGCAUCUUCAGAGAUUUCCUCUUUAAGUGUACAGACAGUUCAGAAGUUAUUUUGGCCUCUGCCUGUGGGGAAACCCAUAUAGUAAUCCCACUUCGUGAAAGGAUAGGAGAGGCUCUGGGAGUCCUUGAUUUGAACAUUGGGAAGAGUAGGAUGUUGUUGUACCAAGAAUUUAAAGAUCUACAGAAAAUGAUGAAGGUGGUCCAAAUGGCCUGCUAUGAAAUACUUGGCGAAUCCUCUGGAGAGAUAGAGAAAAAAUAUGUCUUAGAGAUUGAAAAUGCAGGGGAAGUCCAGCGGGCAGGAAUUCUCUUUUUCCGAAUCAUGCUGCAGGAACUGCAGGAAAGCCUCCAACUACUCAGUUCCAUGGACUUUGUGUCACUGCUGCUCUAUGACCAUAAUCUUCUAGCCAAUCCAAGUUCUCCUCAAGACAGCAAGUUCCUAGAGUCGGAAGUCCACAUAAACCUAGUGCAAGACACCCUGAGGGCGGUUAUCUUGUUCUUUCAUCCAGAGUUGGAAUUUUCAAGUGACUUCGGAAAUUGGGAUAAGUGUAAAUUUUAUGUUAACAAAUAUUUAGUCAACAAUAUUUGUGACUUUGAUCCAACUGCUAAGCAUGUGGAAGUUAAUUUACGGCUCAUUGAUCAAUAUGUCAGAGGUCAUUCCCGAAUUGAAGUAUGGAAAUUUGGUAAUAUCGUCAUUGAACACUUAUACCACUGGAUACGUAUCUGUUCAGCUCUCAUGGAGCUAACCAAAAAGCUAAAUAGUGCUAUUACACCUCCGUUGCCCUCCAAGACUGACAACUAUAUGUACGCAAAAAUGCCAGGGGAAAGUUUGCAAGAAAAAUGAUAAUGGAAUUGGUACUGAAUUUAGGAUACUUUGGUCACAUUCAGUUUUGUUAACUAUAAAAUAUUUUCAAUUGAAAAGGGUGCCAUAUAGACAUAUUCUGCUCCUAGACAAUUACCUCAGCACUUUCUCAAACCAAAAGUGCUACCUAAGGAUAAAUUUUACCCAAAAAAUAUCCACCUAGGGUAGCCAUAACCAAAUGUAUUCAAGUAUGUCAUAGAAUAUAUUUCAAAGUUUCCUUUUAGUUUGAACUUUGUAUAUGCUGUAGAACUGCUAUGGCUGAUUGGGUAGUUGUUUUCAUUCUUUUAAGGUUUAAAGAAGAGACAGGAUUUGG